AUGACGGAGGUGGCAGCGUCGGUGAUGGACACGCACGCGUUGAGCGUGAGACUCGAUGAAGUGCUGCAUUUGUUCGCCACGCGCGAGGAGGACAAAAGUGACAACACCAAACUUCUCUCAGAAGUUGCGGUUCUCACGCAGGCCGUGGAGGCAAUGGUGGCGUCGAUGUCGGCGGCAGCGGCGACAAAGGAGGGAGGUGUUAGUCCCCCAGUAAAGACACUCGAGGAGUUGCGGUUUCUUGGAAGUUCGUGUUGGAACAUGACGGUGCGACAUUCCCCCAGAGAAGAUUCUCUGGACGAGCGGGUUUUAAAAUCCUCUCUGCGAAAUUUUGCCACAAAGGCGUUUCUUCUUGGCAACUACGCCUACGCGCCAAGAGACGUUUCGCACAGUUACUUUGCCCAUCACCCGCGUGAAGCGGAGCAGUGUGUGUUGAUGUGCCUCAAGGCGUCGCGGGACCUUUCGCUUUGCGGUGUGGCAGGUAGUGCAAAGGAACUUCUCUCAGUGGGUGAAACCGUGGCGUCGUACAUACGUGCCGGUGUGAAAAAUAGCCUUGCCCACCUUAAACAUCGCAACAUGAGCUGGGAGUUCGCGUACACAGAUAUGGAUAUCACUUGGAAUCUGAGGCAUUACCAGGAAUCCUGCGAGGCGGCGAAGAAACUCGCACAGAUGCUAUUAAAAGAUCACGACUUACUACGUGAGCACAGAGAAGCCUUCUUUCGUUUUGUGUUUACCGUGGGCAACAGUACUCUUCCUCUUAGUGAGGAACAGUACAUGCGUGACAUGCUUCAGAGCUCGCUGGAGGUGCAGAAUCACUUCCAGCGAGCGGGGAGGAGCGAUCCAUCGCAUCAUGACCUGAUGCUUCAUGGUGCCACAAUGGAACAACUCGCACUUUCCUGGCUCCGUGAAGGGAAAGCGACAGAGGCGUUGAGUUGGGCGGUGGAGGCCGACGCCGCACUUCAUUCGAGCACCUCCGCAUUGCUGCGUCUGACGGCGACAGCAAAGGCGGGUAUGGAAACCGAGGCAGUUGCGUUACUUCACCAGUAUGUUCACAGAUCAGACGCUUCCGUCGAUGACGCGGUGGCGGCGUGUUUUGAAGUGCACAAUCUCCUUGUGGAGACAAAGGAGGGUUCCAUUGAGGGCAUGCGUUUACUCUACAGCAAAGCAAAGGGCAAGUCAUCCAGUGAAGUUGUUGCCUUUCGGUUGACGCAACUCUUGCUUCAUAAUGGGAGUCUUGCGUCAUGCAAGGAGGCCCUACAUAUUUUACAGAAUGAAGGCAUAGACUUUGAAGAGGCUCGACACCGCCGUUAUUGUUUCCUCUGGAUCUGGGAACUCGCUGACACGGCGGAGUUUGCCCCGUUGCAGCUCGUGGAUUGUCUUGAAACGGCUCUUCGAUUUAAGGAUUGUGCCAGUGACACGGAGCUUGACGCCAUCUAUCUUCGUCUCUGUACAGAAUAUAUCACGCAAUCUGAGGAUUCUGAAAAACCAUCGAACGCGUUAACAAGGGCGAAGCAUAUACUUUUGGAUUACACCUCCGGUCGAAACCCACAGUGUCCCUUUGCUCACACCUUGCUGUUUAAGGUCGCUGUGCUAGAGGCCAAUGAGGGGGACCUGGAAACGGAAUUAAAUCGUCUGUUGCUGUGUCAGCCUGCCGAGUUGGUGAUGCCCGCUCUCUGUACAGCUCUUAACUACUCCCUGAGGCGUGGUUACCUGCAUGGUGUUUCUGUAGUGAUCACCCGGGCCCUAUUUUCCUCCGCUCCUGUGCCAGACUAUCCCACAGAACUUGAGUUACUGCGGGUGUAUGUGGCGUCGUUGCUAGGUAGGGCGUGCGACUGCACAGAUGAGCAGCUGCGUGUCGUUACAGAGCGUUUUCAAAGGUUACUUUCAGACGAAUGUGCCACGUUAGCGUUAUCGCAUGAUGAAGUAACGUGGUGGGUGCAGGCGUUUCUCAUCCUGGGUUCAGAGUUCACGGAUGGUCCUAAUCCAACCAGCGUUUUCUUGUUUCGUGCUGCAAUGCUUGUUGCCCUACAAGACCCUGCACCCGGUGAGGGCGCGUCUCGUGCAUUUCUCAUAUCAGCACUUCUAUGCAUGUUAGAGGACGAGUUUCAACUCUUUGCGACUGGUUCUCCGCAAAUCACUCCAGGUGAGUUAGAAGAACAGCUGCGUGUGUGUAAAGAGUCCGUUGCGUCUCUGCCCGAUAUGAACCACCGUUUGACGUUCCUCUUAGCUGAGGCAGAAGGACAUCUUCGGCGGCCGUCUGCAGAGACCCCAGAACACAUACAGAGAAUUGUAGAUGAAUUAUCCACCCUACCUGCGACUUUCAAAGACCAUGAGGCUUUGGCCGAGGGAUCGUCUUUUAUGGCUUUGCAAUACGCGUCAGAGUAUCCUUUUCUUCAUGGUGUUACUAUAAAACUUUACAUGCGAGCUGUGUCGCUGGCGAUGAAUGACAUAGCCGCUUCUCUGAAAUGUGAUGACAGCAGCGCCGAGAAAUGCACAGGCCACGUUACCGAUGCUCUUUCAUGUCUGUAUAAAGCGUUUACACUUGCCUUUGAUCGUACAGAACAAUUAUCCGUGGUACAGCGGCUCAUGGAGCUGAUGUCACUAAGUGUUGAAGACGUGACAGUUGCUUCCUUUAUAAAACAUUCAAAUGCGGUGCGGGCGGUUACCAACCAUCCCUUGUCUUUUGUACGACCCUUUCUCGAGUACUUCACGGUGGAGGCGUGGAAUAAUUCUGUAUUUUAUCUUAUUCUUACCGAGACGGCGAAACAGGCGGAAUGGGCGCAUGUCGCCUGGACUCUGGUUGAGACGUUGCCCGAUACAAGUAGUGUUGCCUCGGCUCUGCUCGCUUUGAAGGCUAUCACAACUGUGUAG